UCUAAAAGGCUUUUCUCUACAAAAGAUUUUAAUUUUUUGUUUUUAACUGUGCUGAGUGAUUCGAAAUGGGUUUAUUCUAAGAAAGCCUGUUUCACAAGCAUUUGUACAUGAUUUGUCGGUAAGGUAAUCCAACUUUGGUUUAUGGAAAAAAUUGAAUUUAGUUGCUAAAAUUUAUUUCUCGGGCCUUCGCUUGUUUAUAAACUGCCAUGUAAAUGUGUUGUUUUCCUUUUGCAUUCCAUUUUUGUGUUCUUGUUUUGUAUCUUUUGCCAUACUUACGUGAGUUACUAAUAAUUGUUACAUACUGUGGGUAUUAUGAAGGAAGGCAUGAAAUUUGUGCCCAGGGAUGCAAAUUAUUUCAGAGCAUCUGGUGAAAUUAAUGGGCAAAAACUUCAAAGGUUUUUUUGUAAAUAACAUUCCUUUAUACUUCAUGUAUUGUUUCACCCAGACUAGUGAACAAUGUAGAGUGUAACAUGAAGUACAUAGAAUGAGAGUAAAAAUUUUUGUGGUCCUCAUUUAGUUGUCAAAGGUCUGACACACUUUGAAACAGCUCCCUUAAUAAUUAUUUUGGUGGUACUGCUCCACAGUUGUUUAUUGCUUUUUAAUAUUCGAAAGUUGCUAGACAAAUAGAAUUUCUUUGAGUUCUUUGUUCCUGGUUUUGGGACCUAUUUCUCUGGCUUAGUAAGUUUGUUUAGGGUGAGUGAAUUUUGGAGAGAAAUCAAGAUGAUCGUUUAUAAAAAUCAUUUUACAUAUUUAUGAUUGUAUCAGUGUUUUGCUAGAUAUUUUUUGUCUUAGCAGUUGGGUCAGUAUUUUGAAAUAGUACAUGGAUAUCUAGGUAGAGCCAAAGAGUUUUUUUUUAAAUUUUCCUUUGUAGAGAUGAGGUCCACACCAGCCUGUGUUCCCCAGCAUGUUAUUGAACUCCUGGCCUCAAGCAAUCCUACUGCCUCAGUCCCCUGAAUAGUUGGGAUUACAGGCAUGACCCACUGCCUCCAGAGGGUUUUUAAGUUAUAAAUUCAGUUUUGUUUUACUGCUUUGGUAGAUAGAGAGUACAGUUCCCAGUGUUAGCACAUCCAGUGUCGUGAAGGGUAGUUGUGCCUCAGAAGAUGUCGGAGCCUGUUUGGCUUCCAGGUUUUAGAGGAAUAGUGAGGGCCAUCAGUGGCCCCUGCAGGGUCAGAAUUAAGACUAAUUAUGGAAUGAAGUUGGACAGUUGGUGUAUUGCUUGCUUAAUCUAGGUGCAGGUGGGUGGGUGCAUGAAAUGUGGGAAGUCUUCAUUGGGAUAGGAAUAAGCACUUUAUAUACAGAGAGAUACUUAGCAAAGCUUUUAUUUAAAAAAAUACAUAAAUAUAUAGCCCGUGCAGACUCAUAUUGUAAGUGUGGCCUGGGGCCAGGGAGGAUGGGGAAAUGUGGGAGGGGUUGCAGAGAACCAGGAUUCCCAUAGAGAACAGAGUAAAGUGGGAUGACCAAUCUGGUUUUAUAAGAGGAUUGUGAGGAACAAUAAUAGGUAUGAAAAUGUUUGUGAGCUGGUGGAACCUAUUCAAAUGCAGAUUAACACCUGAUUAGGAAACUCACCUCUUACAAAUGUCAUUGCUUUCAAGGGAUCCUCCCCUGGAAGGCCUAACCAACCUUAGGGGUCUGGGCACCCACUAGGUUCUCCUACAAGAUUUCACCUCAUAUAUGUUUAUUUCCUGUUUAUCCUUCUAAGGUCCGGCUUUCUCUAGUGGAUGGUCCCUUAGCUAUCUCAGUUUUUAUAAAGUUGUCUUGGACUCACUGGCCUUUAACCAGUGUUAACCUAGUUAGUAACUUCUUUGAAGGUUCAUUUGUGGUUGGCUGGAUUAGGAGUGUUGGCUUCGGAGCCAGAGUGGGUUCAUAUCUAGUCUCCACUUAUUUGUUAGCUUGGGCCAAUAAAUAAUCUCUAUCUCGGUUUCCAUGUCAGCAAAAUGGAGAUAAUUUUGCCUAAUUUCAUAGGAUUUUAAUGAAGAUUAAAUGUUACAGGUCCUGUAAAAUGCUUAGAGCAGUGCCUAGCUCGAAAGUGCUCAGUGCUGCUGUGCAGUAUAGCUUCAGCACUUAAUGUGGGCACACAACAGUGAAUUAUGGAAAAUAGCCUCUGCUUUCAGGUGUCAGUCUGAUGGGAAGACAGGCAACAGAUACAGUGAAAUGAGUGCCCUGGGGAUGUAUAGGAUGUGAUAGAGCCUCUUAGGGGUGUCUGGUGUCUUUGUGGGCCCACCUCCAUGGGAAGGUUGACAGCUUUCUGCUCCCACUGGUUUUCCUUAGAGAUUUGGUGUCAAAGAGCCAAAACAUUCCUCUCAUGUGCCUCCCUUCUGUUAGGUAGUAAACUUUAAGGCCAGGCCUUUUAAUUUCUGCCCAUUUGCUGACAUGUAGUAGGCACUCAGUGUUAAGUGAAUGUAUUAGUUUUCUUUUGCUGCUGUAACAAAUGACCAUAAACUUAAGUGAAUUUAUUGUUUUAACUUUUCUGGAGGUCAGAAAUCUAAAAUAGGUUUCACAGCCAAAUCAAGGGGUCAGCAGCCCUGUGUUCCUUCUGAAGACUCCUUUUCUUUGCCAUUUCCAAUUCUGGGAGCCCCUUGCUUUUCUUGGCUCGUGGCAUCUCUGCUUCCAUCGUCUUUGAUCUUCCUCCUGCCUCCCUCUUAAUAUAAAAACUUUUGUGAUUACAUUGGGCUACUUGAAUAAUUGAGGAUAAUCUUCCCAUCUCAAAAUCCUUAAUUCAAGCACACAUCUACAAAGUCCCUUUUGUUGCUACAUAAGGUAACAAAUUUACAGGUCCCUGUAAUUAGGGCAUGGAAAUUGGGAGGCCCGUUAUUUGAUAUUUUAUUUCUGGCUCCCCAGCUAUAUCCUUUGUUCCUCAAAAGUGUCUUCAGCCUCCAGGUCUGGGUACUUGGCUUUUUCAUUCUGGAAAAAGGUCUUUUCUGACACACGUCUUCAUAUAUCACCUUUUUUCAUAGCAUUAAUUACUAUCUGAAACUGCUGACUUGCUUUUCCCAGCCAUUCUCCAAUGUAAGGUUUGAGUCUUAGCUUUCUUUAUUCUGGCACUUAGAACAAUGCCUGGUGCAUUGUAGGCACUUCACUUUUUUAAGGGAAUCUAACCUCAUCAGGAAAAUAGAUAUUUAAAAUCUGGAGACUUCAAUUACUGGCAUAUUGUAGUCCUUGAGUAUUUGGUGAUGGGGGAUGGCGACAGGAGGAAUGGGGUAGAGUGUGGAUUUAUGGAUAUAUAUAUCUGUAUAUAUAGUUUACUUUGGAGGACUCAGAAAUUGCAUUUUGUAGGAAUAAUGAUUUGUAAUAGUAGAAAACCAUGUUAGGAGAGAGUACAGGAGUUGUUUCAUGCUGUGAAGAUUUGGCAAGUUUCACGGAAGAGGUAGAAUUUGGUCACCUGAUGAUAGGAACAGUUAGAAAUGGCAUGGAGUUUGGGAAGUGUCAGGUAGGGGUGUGAUAGCAGAACUAAACAGGAGACCAUUUAAUAAACAUUUGAUCACUUGCUGAGUGCCAGUGUAUCACUUGAUCCACAUAAUCCUAGAUUAGUGUUUCUCCACUUUGAUUGCAACCCCAGAACUAAAUUCUUAAUUGGUUUUGGGAUGAGCCCUAGACUUUUUUCUAAUUAAGUACUCCACAUGAUUUUUAAUAUGCAGCCUAGUCCUCUUGUUAGGUGGGUUAACUUUCCCUCACCCAGGAUCACAUAACUAAGUAGUGGGGCCAGUGUUAGGAUUCCAGGCCUAAUUUGAGUGUUAAAAAAAUAACCAAAUGACCUAGGAGAGGUUAGUGUAGAGCUUAAUAAGAAUGGAGAAAAGUGUGUUGAGAGCAGUUUAAGGAGUUUUUGUGGGGUCUGAAACCUUGUUACCAGGGAUAAGCUUGCAGCUCUAGUGGGGAGUCAAGUCAUGAAGGCAGAGGCUUUAUAUGAUAACUUAAUCUGGCAAGAGUACAGAUGCUAAGAUCCCACUGUGCAAGACAGGGUGCUAGGUGUCCAGGCCAGAGAGGGCACACACACCUAACCUUUUAUAAAGGAACCGAAACAAAGGAGUCAGAACAUGGAAUUUGGGCAGACUCGUGAGGGAACUCGUCAUUGUUGUCAUUCACCUAAAAUUGGGCUAGUCAGGUAUUAAGUGGCUAAUAUUUGAAAGGUACAGCUCAUCAGUACUCUGGAAAGCCUGGUUAUUUUGAACCUGAAAAAUAAGUCUUUGAUACAAGCUGAUGUGCAAACAACCCAGAAAAUUGAAUUACACCAAGCUUGCCCAACUGCCCUUUCUUUGCCCUAUACAUGCUUCCUGGUGCUGUUUGCCAUUGGGCCCCUCACCUUGUGUCACCACUGACCAGUGUUCACCCAGUUUUGAUUCAGCUCACUCCCCCACAUUACCCCCCAUACCCGGCAGCAGUGACCUGAAGGCAGAGGCACUAGUGCUGGUCGAGGAGUCCCGGUGGCCUCUGCUGCCCAAGCUGUCCAAGCACCCGUCAUGGCCCUGAACCCUAACACUGGGCCCCUUGCCCUAUGGAACUGAGGCGCGAGGCCCCAGGCGCCUAGCAACUGGAGCGCGUAGGGCAGGCAGCGCUGCAGCCUCGGGAGACGCCGGCCGGGCCGGGCCCAGCGUCGCCGGGCUGCUGGCUGCGGGGCAUGCUCACCCCAGGGGUGGUGAAUGUGGGAGCUCGCGGCCACCUGCAUCAUCUGUCCCGCCCCGCCGCCGUGGCCAGCCCCGCGACAAGGCCGGACUGGGCCGGGGGCUGAGGUGGGCACCGGGCUGCCGCUGGCUCCCACACUGCCCGCUGUGCCCGCUGCCCCAGCCACCCCUGCUGCCGGAGCCUCCUACCUGGGCCGCAACGGCCAGGAUCGCAAAGAAAUCCCUCCCCUCGGUGCAGCUGCGGGCACACAGCAUCUCCCUCUCAUCAGCACUGUUGAAAGAAGAAAAAAUGUCAGUGCUAUCUCCUGAAAUCAAAUGUGAGACUUCUAAAUUCACCAGAAGUUCCUUUGGCAGUUGUUUUAUUUUUGAGAGUAGUUGGAAGAAAGCAGUUUUAGAAACACAAAAGAUUAAGAAAGAAUAUACCACAGCAUUUGGUCUAGGAGAGCUCAAGGAAUGUAUCAAAAUGCCAUAUUUACCAGGACUGCAAAGUUGCCAAAAAAGUGUACGUUCAGCUCCACUAGAGGUUCCUAAAAGACUGCCACGUGCUGAUGCCAAGGUGUCUGCAGUCAGGCUAAAGAAGACUAAGGAGACAUGCAGUGUGGCACCACUUUGGGAGAAAUCAAAAGGUUCUGGCUUCAGUGAUCCUUUCACUGGAGCACCAUCUCAAUACUUAGAGAGACUUUCCAAAAUAGCCAUAUUGGAAUAUGAUACCAUUCGUCAGGAAACAACCACAAAAUCAAAAAAAAGCAAGAAACGAGACCUCCGAGACUGCUGAAAAAUGUCGUACAGUGUGAUGCUUUCUUCAGUGACUUUUAAGCUUUAUAUUUUCUUUUUUUAUGUGAUAUGAUGCAAAAUGAUUUGUAUAAAAAUGGAAAUGUAAAUAAGAAAUAAAUAUUUUACAUUA